UAGAGAGCCAGCGAGCCUCCUUCGCGCACCGGCUUCAGAUGAUCAAACGCUAUCUUCGGGACAACAAUCACUCUACCGAGUUAUCAGAGUUUAUUCAGGGUUUCUACGAAUAUACAUGGUUCAAGAGAAAAGGUCGAACAGAUGCCAACAUUUACGGGGCCCUGCCACUGUCGCUGCAGUCCGAGAUCUGUCUGAGUGUGAAUCGGUGUGCCCUGAGCACGUCACCGAUGUUUCAAAAUCUGGACGAGGGCUUCCUGCGAGCCAUCGCCCUGAGAAUCCAGCGUCAGUUCUUCCUGCCCGGACAAAUCGUCAUCAAGAGGGGCACAGUCUGCCGCUCCAUGUUCUACAUCGUGCAGGGAGAACUGGAGGUUCUUGGCGGACGAGACAACGCCACGGCCGUGGCCGUGCUCCGAGCAGGCAAGCUCUUCGGGGAGGUGAACCUGGUGCUGAGCUUCGCUCGGACGGCGACGAUCCGCGCAGCCACACACUGUGACCUGCUGGUGCUCAACCAGCACGACGUGACCCCACUACUGCAGCAUUAUCCCGAAGUACGAACGGCCAUGUGCAUGCACGUGAAAGGGCUGUUCGAGACUGGCACUGAUGAACCUAAUGCCUGGAGUAGCACGACAGGCAUGACAGGUCCAGAUACGUCAAGGAUGAAUGCUGAAAAGAGCCAGUCCUUUGCCAUCGGUUUUAGGCCCACCCUGAGUACGAUGGAAGAGGGAGAUACGAGCUCGUUGGAGCAAAAGGAUGGAGCACCGUUUCUAGCGGUUCCGAAACCAGAAGAAAAUCAAGAGAGAGGCGGAUUGACAGAACAAACUAGCACCUAUACUUCAAGAUUUCCUUUAAUUUCAAAUUCAGCUGGAGCGGGUGGAACACUUCCUAACGCUUCCCACGAAAACACGUCGAGCAAACCAACAGUUGGGGAGGGCGCUGGGUCGUCUCUGUCACUUCCAGUCGCGUCGUCGCACCCCAAGCUACAGGACGUGCAGCUAAAGCCAUCAUCCAGAAUGGUUCAGAUAAGAAAAUUAAGUGCCCAAUUCUUACCGUCCAUCCGCAAAGUGUCAAGCACACACCUCACGCCGCAAGAAAGCGCCCAACAGAUCGCCGCAAUGCCAGCUUUCGAACAGCCGGAUGACGUGUUUGCCGGAAGCGACGACAGUCACUUCAGGUGGCGGCGCUUCAGCUGGGCGGAAGGAGAGAGCAUAUAUGAACAGGUACGACGUCCCACCAUCCGCGCUCUGCCCUCCGGUGCCUCUCAGCUGGAGCUCGGCAACGGCGUGGCCUGGCUCCAGCAAGACAACCUUCCUCACGGCCGGCCGCUUGGUUGGUUGUGGAAAGUCUUUCGCAGUCCGAGCAUACGCGGUGACGGCCAGCUUGACAGAAUUUGGAAAACCUUCGUGUGCCUCGUGGUAUUCGUGCAGUGGCACAUCUACCUGUACUACGCGUGCUUUAAGGACGGGUAUUCCCCGGAAAUGCUUGGACUGACCUACCUGAUGGACUCUGUCCACGUGCUAGAUAUUUUGUUCAGCAUGAUGACCAUCGUCAUUAGCCCUCAAGAUUCCUACCAAACAUUUGGGGAAAUAUUCCACUAUCACGCGAGAAGAGCAACGUUUUACUUGGAUCUUCUUGCCGCCCUGCCACUGGACUUGAUCAGCAUACCAUUCGGGAUGUUUUUGUCGUCUGUGAGAAUGGGUCGGCUUAUAGCCGUCUGCAAGCUGAACAAGUUGGCUAAGGCGUGGAUAAUCCCGCGGCGUUUUAGGUUCUUGCAAGACCAGCUUCAAGAGUCACUGACCGUCAUUCGGCCAAUUGAGCUCAUCACCUACCUUAUAAUGGGAGUCCAUUUUUCAGCUUGCAUGUGGUUCAUGGACUCAAAUAUCAAGUAUGUCUUUUUUGCGAUACCAAACUCUGAAAUGUGGCUUCAUCAGUUCGAAAAGGUAAAAGCAAUAGAGAGUGGGUGGCGUGCUGGGAGCAGCCCGAAAUAUGACCCGUACAUUUUAUCAUUGUACUGGGCUACAGCCACAAUGUCCACCACUGGAUUUGGUGACAUUGUUGCGAUGACUACCACUGAGUACUAUAUCAGCAUCAUAGUCAUGGUGUUUGGACUGGUGCUAUUUGCUUACUCACUGGCCUCGUAUGCAUCCCUUUUAACCAACCGAGACAGGCCCAAGGUACAAUUUCAAUCCAUUGUCUUUGCCAUGCAACAGUUCAUGAUCGAAAACCGGCUGGACAAAGAUCUAAGGAGACGCGUGCUCCACUUUAUUGAUCUGCAAUGGCGUACCUACCACGGCAUGGUUAUGCCCGGCAAGCAAUUUUUGCUGCACGAUCUGCCCGAGGCACUGCAGGAAGACCUUGCCUUGGAUGGUAUCGCCAAAUUGCUUGGCAAUAUCUCUCUGUUUCGAAACACGGACAUCGAUUUUCGACAGGCACUAGCCCGCAGAUGCCCACGUUACCUCUUCCCGGCCAACGAGUAUGUCCUGCGCACUGGGGACAUGUCCCGCGACAUGUAUGUCAUCGUGCGUGGCUACUGUGAAGCGUACCUCGGUAAGAAGCAGACGUCACUCGGCUUGAUGGGACCCGGGGAGUGUUUUGGCGAGGCUGGAAUGUUGUACGGGCUCCCGAAGCCGGCCAACGUCAUCACGCGGACAACUUGUGAUUUACUCAUUAUCCCACAUGGUGAGCUUCACAGGGUCAUGAAACACUUUCCCACCGUCAACAAGGAGAUCAGCGAAAUACAGGAGGAUGCCGACGUUCAGCACGCCGUCAAGAUGAACCACGCGCGCGUGUGGCGGCUGGCCAGGAGUCUGCCACGCGAAGAGGGUUCGCUCCUCACCGUGGACGAGACACCGUCUUUCACCACCUUCUCGAAAGAGGAGCGGAAAACGGCCGAGUACCAAAAGCCAUUUCACAGGCUUGGCCACUUGUCAUUCCUGGGCCGCCUGCUGAUGCCGCGCACCAUCCGACCAGACGGCAGAUUCGCAGCGAGGCUGGAGCAGGUCCGUGUAGCCGCUAUAGUGCUGCUGCUCGUCCUGACGCCAGUGCACGUGACGUUUCUGCCGCACAACAUCAGCGUGUACGCCAUCUGUCUGCUGCUGGACGUGGCGGCCGUCCUCAUCAUGUACCUGCGGCUGCACUUCGCAUACUAUGACGCAUCAUCGACGCUGGUCUCUCACCCCAUCUCCACCGCUGAGAACUACUUGGCCUCGGCGUUCUUGCUUGAUCUGGCCCGUGUACGAAACCUACACACGAUCGUGCUUUUCCGGAUGAACCGCUUUGCGCAAGUGUACGAGGUCCUCUGGGCGUUCUCGUACUGGGAGCAGGGAGUGCUCUUCCGUGCAGAGCUGUUCAAAGUCAUAAAACACCUUUGGUUUCUUGGAAUGUACGUACAUAUUCUAGCCUGCUUUUGGGCAUAUUUGGCGUGCCCAACAUCGGCACCAUAUGCUAUCACAUCACCAGCACCUGCGGGUCGUGCGCUGAACAUUCAAGUCAGGAACCAUUCUCAGUUCCUGAAAGCGCAUCAUAACUGUCGCGCAAUUUCUUGGUACACCAUGUCCAACUUCACGCAAUCCGACAACGCUCAGGACUUAUACAUACUCAGUGUAUUGUUCACCUUGGAAAUGCUUGCGGCUGUUGGAUCUGGCGACCUCACACCCCAGACUCGCUCAGAGUAUAUCUUAUCUAUUGUUUUGAUGAUACAUGGUGUCGUUUUCUUCGGCUACAUUAUCGCUAGCAUGACAGCUAGUCUCGUUAACGCAGAUACUACUCGUGCUAGAUUUAACGAGCGCAUGAGGACUCUGUGUCAACGAAUGAAAUAUGAAGAUGUGCCUAUGGCAGUGCAACAAAAGGUACUGCGGCAUAUUGAGUACAAAUUUUCGCGGUCAACCAGAAUGCACGCCCACAUCCACUUCACUAACUUGCCACCGAGCAUCCGGGGAGAUGUAGCCUUUGUUUUGUUUGCGGAUCUUAUCAGCUCAGUGCCAAUUUUCAAAACGAUUGAUCGAAGUUUCCAUCGUAUGCUUGCAAUGUGUCUGAAAGAGGUAUUUUUUCUCGGGGGUGAAACAGUUAUUUUCGAGGGAGACGUGGGUGAGGAGAUGUACUUCAUACAUCGUGGGUUCUGCGACAUCACUGAUGACGAUGGCAAUGCCACCAAGACUCUUGGGCCUGGCGGUAGCCGUAUUAUACACGAGAAAGGAAGAACAACCAAGAAACAGAGCAAAGAACUGACAGCAAAAUCGCUCACCCGUGUUCCUUCGAUCCAGGUGAGCGAGUCGCAGAACGUAGUGGCUGACGGGGAGGACGAUGUGACCGCGUUGCAGGCGCAGGCGUCCUCCUUGUCACAAAGCCCCUUCAUUGGCAGCACCGCCUCUCAUGAAAUCACUGAGGUGUACGUCAGCAACCAGACCAUACAGGCCGAGUCUUACAUGUCGUUCGACCCCGAAGGCAUCGACAAGUCCUCAGAGACCAAAUUGGGAGACAAAGACUCACGAUAUUCGCCUUUAUCAAACCUGUCGGGCAUGAGCUACAGAAGCGAGCGCAGUGCUUUUCAACCGCCCGCGGCAUUCAAGUGGUGUCACAGCCUCGGGAAGAGGGUUCGCGCACAUUUGCAAGCUAACGUUGUAAUCAACCCGGAUUCGAGGCUGCUGUUCGCGUUCAACCUGUUGCUUACGGUGAGCGGAGCAGCAUCCAUUGCCCUUUUCUUCUACCAUGUGACGUUCCAAAGUGUCAAUCACCGAGUGGACAUUGCUUUCGGGUUGUGCACCUGCGUAUACAUCUCCAACAUUUGCAUACGCUUGCAUACAGCUUACUAUGAUAAUUACGGCGACCUGGUACGUGACCACAAGAUUAUCAGACGCGUCUACAUGCAUCGUCCCACCGGAUUCCUAGUGGAUGCUCUCUCAGCUCUGCCCGUUGGCCUGCUGAUUUUCAUCCGCCCGGAGCACAAAGCUCUCCGGCAUACAGUCACUCUCGUCCGAAUGGUGCAUCUCACCCGCGUCUACUCGGCAUUCAGCUUCUUCCGCACUUUGGAGCGCCGCCUCAUUGCGCCAAUCCUCCUCUUGCGCGGCAUACGAGACCUCGGUCUGCUGUUCAUGCUGCUCCACAUCUGCGCCUGCUUCUGGUACAUGGUGGCCUGUCCGGGCGUGCGGUGCAGAGAUGACUCGUGGGUAGCAUUUCAAAACCUCUUGAACACGACGCACGGCGAGAUCUACGCCAACGCCUUCUACUUCGUGGUGGCGACGGCGACAAGUACCGGGUACGGAGACAUCAACGCGCGCAACAUAGACGAAGCAGUACUAAAUAUCCCCAUCAUCCUGAUCGGAAAGCUGUCGCUAGGCCUCGUACUCGGUGACCUCGCUUCGACCUUGAGUAACCUGGAGGUGACUCGUGUCGAGACGGAGACUAGACUAGGGGUCAUCGUAAGCCAGAUGAAGGAGCAAAACGUGCCGCAUCGUCUGCAGGAGCGUGUUAUUCAGUACGUCGGCUAUGAGUGGAUCCGGACCAGGGGACAGAGGCUUCAGGAGCUGCUCAAAGACCUCCCCUACUGCCUGCAGUUGGAGGUGUUUAUGACCACCUUCGGCGCUCAGCUGCGCUCGCUCACCAUAUUCCAGCGGGCGCCGCAGCGGCUGAUCCGCCGUCUCAGCUACCUGUGUCACCAGCAGUUCUUCCUGCCAGGAGACUUCAUCACGAAGCGAGGGGACAUCGGCGACAAGGUGUUCGUCGUCCGGCGCGGCUCGGUGCUCGUGUACGACACCUCGCCGUCGGACCCCGAGUACUUCCUGUACUCGGGCUCCAUCUACGGCGACCUGCAGAUCAUCUUCCCCACCAUGCCGUACGCGCACAACCUGGUGGCCGACGAUCCCACCGACGUGCUGGUCAUCAACCAGACGGACGUGCGGCGGCUGCUGGCCGACUACCCGCACUUCUACUUCAAGUAA